CAGUGUGAGCUAAUGUCUCCUCAAAGCCAGUGCUGACUUCAAACUGGCUUCAGGAACUCCCAGGGUUAGUCCAAGAGUUGAGAGAGUUCUCAAAUGAGAGCUCUUGUCGGCCUCUCAAAAGACCAAGAGAGAUUGUUGUUGUACUCUAAGUCCUGCAGGGUUGACUACAUUGCACAGUUGUUUUAGAAUUUAGAAUUACAAAAUUAUAGAACGGUCUGGGUUGGAAGGGACCUAAACCUCUUCUAGUUCCAACUCUCUGCCAUGGGCAUGGCUACCUUCCACUAGACCAGGUUUUCCAAAGCCUCAUUCAGCGUGGCCUUGAACACUACCACCACGGAUGUUACUUUCUUCCACAUGUUAUCUUCCAGCCCGCACAGAGGGUCAGCUGAGAUUUCUGGAGAGAAACUACUUUAAGGUUUACAUCAUCAGUAGGACUAAAAGCAAAACAAAAACCGCCAAAGAGGGAAAGAAAGUUUAAAAACACGUGCCAGCCCAAAGCUGCUUUCCAAAAUGAUGCAUUAUCACAACAUUGAUACUGUGCAAGAAGCCUGGAGAGAAGGAAUGAAGACGUUGUUUUGCUAGAACAAUGCUCAACAUGCUCCAUUCCCGGAGGAGCCUUUAUUCCAUCCCUGGCCUCGCUUCCCGGCUCUAUCCCCCGCUCCAGCGGACCGGCACAGCCGGGGCCCCGGGGCGGCACCGCGGGCCCGUCCCGCAGCGCUCGGGGGUGGCGCCGGGCGUCCUCGCGUCGUUCCAAACGUGCCGUCUGCUCGGCAGCUGGCCCUGAGCCACGUUUACUUCUUGACGGAAUAUCGAGGGACUCCGGGCCUCACUGACCGCCCGCCUGCCUGAUCAACCACGGGGCUCUGUCGUGACUUGGGUUUUAGGGCGGCCCCGCCCCGCGCGGCCAUGGCGGCGGGAGCGCGGCGGCGGCAGCUCCCGGCCUGGAUGGGAGCGGCGGGGGACGAGCGGGCGGCGGCGGCCCCGGCCCCCAAGGCCGUGCGGCGGCGGGCGGCGGCGGGGCGCAGGCCGGCGGCGCUGUACUGCAUGAACGAGGCGGAGCUGGUGGAGGUGGCCCUGGCCGUCCUGGCCGAGGUGAGCCGGGACCUCCGCGGGUGGGGACGCGGCCCUGGCCGUACCCGAGCACGGCCGGGCGGCAGGGCUCCGGAGGAUGGGCAGGGAGCGCUGCUGCCCGCGGCUCCCUGCAGGCCCCGCUCCAGGCGGGUCGGAGGGCGCUGCCGGGUGCCUCAUGGCUCUCCCGGGCCUCUCCUCCUGUCCCAGCGGGCGGGCCUGGCGAGGCGCGGCUCAGGGCAUGGUGGGCUGCCCUCCUAGUUCUUGGGGUGCUCGCGGCCUGAAGUCACGCACGGCCGGCCUGUUGUUUUCCCUCUGGUCGGAAUCCACAGUGCGAGGAAAGUGAAGAGAAGGCCCGGUCCAGGAGCGAAGAAGAGCAGGAGCUCCCACCAACACCUGACGAGGCUCCUGGAAGCACGGCCAACACGGAUGAAGGCAGUGAGCACGGUCCGGCACUUCCAUCCCCUCCUGGUGCUGGUGCUGACGCAGAGAGGACAGGCGGGAAGGACUCUGAGGACGAUGUCCUGAAAUACGUCAGGGAGAUCUUUUUCAGCUAACAGCUUCUCUCUGAAUUCCCAGGAGAAGAGGGCACAAUGGGGAGCGUGUCUCCUCCCGCGGCCCUGAGAGCGGUGGGAGGAGGGACUGGGGGGGGCUGUGCAUCCAUCUGCUGUGUUGGUGCCCUGUGUAGCUGGUAGGAUACCCAUGAAGGCCACAGGGACAAAGGAAGGAGGUACACAGUUCUCCCACGCUGUGCUGGGCUCAGGGGGAUUUUUGGGUCCAGGUGUGUUUGUUUCUGUUCCACAUUUCAGAGCAUGGACAGAUUAAAGAGGACAUUUGGAUUUCUGUGA